UGAUCCUCUACCGUCCUCCCUUCAUGAGGGGACUCUGUUCCCUAGGCUCAGGAAUAUCUCAUGCCGAAUCCAACGCCAACGGAUAUUUUAGACUCUUUCAAGAAAUCCGGCGAAUAUGAUCGUCUCCGUCGUGAACUCCUCACUCAAUUCCAGAAGAGCGAAGGAAUUGAAACCUUUAAAUCAAAGAUUGAAGAAAAUAUCCGACAGUUGUUGGUAUCCGAUGCGAGACUCAGACUCGAUGUGAUGAGUGGUUCUUUUACACAAAACACACAAAAAUUGUUGGUGGAGCAGGUUGAAAGGUUCCCCACCGUCGAGCGUGCGGUAUCCGACCAUGCCAUGUUCUCCGAUCCAAUUUUCAUAGCAAAUAUUAGGGGUUUUAUUGAGGGUGAGAUCGCUGAGAACAAAGAUGAAAAGAAGGGAACGGGAAAACUGGUCGGUACUAAUCCAAACAAAGACAGUCCUUUGCGACCUGGCGUGAAUCGUCCGUCGUCCCCAACAUAUCUCAAUGAAAACGUUCGUACCGACGCGGACACUAAUCGCACUCAUGGAAAUUCGAACUCGAACCCAACUUCCGAGUCCCCUGAAGAAAUAGGUUCUUCCACAUUGGAACGUUCUCAAAGUAGUUCUCAAAGCGGGGCGCCUCCUCCUCCCCUUCCCUCUGUACAACCGGACAACUCUAAGGCCAAGAUGGAUUCAGAGAUGGAGUGUGUUACUACAAGUGUCCCGGACAUCGCCAUGCAGGAUGGCCCAGGCAGGGAAGGGCAAGAAUAG